GUUCGGGGUACGAAAUGGGGAAUGAGGGGAACAAUGUGGGGCAAUUGAGUGCAGAUAUUCGCACAUGCAGGGACCAAACCAUCAACAAAGUACCAGGUAAACUUUCCACACGCCGUCAAAGUGCCUUCGAACAUCUUCAGAGCAUCACGUAGUCACAACUGCAUUACUCCUUUCAGCAUGGCGGAGAACUACGCGUUCAUCGGCCUCGGGGCCAUGGGCUACGCAAUGGCUAGCAACAUCCGCAAAAAGAUCGGCGUCUCGUCAACACUCUACAUAAACGACAUCAACGCCACAGCGUGCGAACGAUUCAAAGCCGAGUACGGCUCCCACGGCCCGAUAGAGAUCGUUUCCACGGCGCGAGAAGCAGCUGAGAACUCGAAAGUUGUGAUAUCAAUCGUGCCUGGCGCUGCAGAUGUGAAGAAGGUGUAUAUGGAUGAGGUCAAUGGUGUGAUUGCAAGUAGACCGGAUGGGGAGCGAGUACUGUGCGAAUGCAGUACGAUUGACGUGCGGAGUACGAGGGAAGUCGGCGAGGCAUUAAGAGAGAAGGGCAUCGGGACUUAUGUGGACACCCCGGUCUCUGGCGGCGUGCCCGCCGCCGAACGCGGUGACCUAAGCAUGCUCAUCGGCCACGCCUCACCCUCAGACGACAGCCCAAACUCCAAACGUCUCGAACGCAUCCUCAGCAUGAUCGGUUCGCCCUCAAAAUUCUUCUAUCUCAACACUCUCGGCGCCGGCCUAACCGCCAAAAUCUCGAACAACUACCUCUCCGGCACCAUCCUACUCGCCACCGCCGAAGCCCUCGCCAUCGGCAUAAAGCAAGGCCUAGACCCCAAAAUGCUGUACAACGUGAUCAAAGCGUCGACAGGCCAGAGUUGGAUGUGCGACCACGUGAUGCCCGUGCCAAACGUGAGGGAGGACUGGGUGCCGAGUAACAGCGGAUAUAAACCAGGGUUUAAGACGCAGAUGAUGAUUAAGGAUCUGGGGUUGGGGAUUGAGUCGGGGAAGCAGGUGGGAAUAAGGCCCUUGAUGGCGGAGGCGGCAAUGGAGACUUGGGAAGCCGCGGCCAAGGAUCCGCAAUGUUUUGAUAGAGAUGGGAGUAGCGUGUAUAUACAUAUUGGCGGGCCGCUGCCGCCGGGGUAUGAGGAUAAGGGGAAGAAGAAGGAGGAUGGCACAUGGGAGUUUGUGUAG